AUGGGGCAGCAGGAGAGACCAGCCAAUUGGCUGCGCCGCGCCCCAGCGCGCAGCCGGCCCGGCCCCACCGCGCUGCGCCGCGCCUCCCCCGCCCGGGCCGGCCCCCCGCGCUGCGCAGGCCGGGCAGGGGCAGGGGGCGGCGGCGGCUGGGGCGGGCCGGGGCGGCGAUCCGAUCCGAUCCGAUCCGAUCCGUGCGCCCCGGCACCCCGCGCCGCCGCUCUGCCUAAAUCAGGGACGCUGCCGCCGGGAGCCGAGCCAGCCGGGGCGGGGGACGGGACGGGCAGCCGGCGGCAGGUGCACGGGCCGCCGGGAGCCCCCCCGCCCGGCCCGGGGAGGGCGGACGCGGCCGUUAACCCCCUCCGGGCCCGGAGGCGCAGCCCGCAUCCUCCCCCGCGGCCAGGGCGCCGGCCCCUCCCCCUCGCCGCCAGCGGGGCCGGAGCAGGCGCUGCGGACCGAGCCGCAGCCCGGACAUGCCCGUCCCGGCGCGGGCACGUCGCCCCACAGAACACAUUCCUGGACACCAUAAUCCGCAAGUUCGAGGGGCAGAGCCGAAAGUUCAUCAUCGCCAACGCCCGGGUUGAGAACUGUGCCGUGAUCUACUGCAACGAUGGCUUCUGCGAGCUGUGCGGGUACACGCGGGCCGAGGUCAUGCAGAAGCCUGCACCUGUGACCUUCCUGUAUGGGCCCCGCACCCAGCGCAGCGGAGGCCGCCAGAUCGCGCAGGCCCUGCUGGGCUCCGAGGAGCGCAAGGUGGAGAUCUGCUUCUACCACAAGGACGGCAGCUGUUUCCUGUGCCUGGUGGACGUGGUUCCCGUGAAGAACGAGGAUGGGGCUGUGAUCAUGUUCAUCCUCAACUUCGAGCUGGUGGAGAAGGAGCUGCUGGGCUCCCGGCUAAGGAACACCAACCACUGGUGACCCCCGCCAACUGGGCGCAGCAAGUCCUUCAAGCUGAAGCUGCCGGCACUGCUGGCGCUCACGGCCAGCAAGCAGUCGCUGUCCCAGGGGGGCCCAGAUGCCGUUAUCGUGGACUUCUCCAAGCCCAGCAGUGAGUCAGGGGCCCCAGACGAUGUCACAUCCUCCCUGGAUAACAGCUGCCCGGGCUCCCAGCCAGAGGAGCACAAGGCCCUGGUGGAGCUGGAGGAAGGGAGGGGCCCGCUUGGCGAGGCAAGCCUGGAGCCCCCCGUCACCCACUCAUCACCCCGUGCCGACAGGGACCGCCUCCACCUGGACGCCUCCUUCUCCAACUGCAGCCUGUCGCGCAGCCGGUCCCGGGAGAGCUGCCACAGCGUGCGACGUGCAUCAUCCGUCGACGACAUCGAGGCCAUGAAGGGCGAGGGUGACAGGCGGGGGCAAAACCGCCAUGGCAGUGCAGGGGCCAUGAACAACCUGCGCAGCAGCCUGCUGAACUCCACCUCGGACUCGGACCUGAUGCGCUACCGCACCAUCAGCAGGAUCCCGCAGAUCACACUCAACUUCGUGGACUUCAAGGCCGAGGCCUUCCUGACGUCGCCGUCCAGCGAGCGGGAGAUCAUCGCGCCCACCAAGCUGAAGGACCGGACGCACAAUGUCACCGAAAAGGUCACCCAGGUCCUGUCCCUCGGGGCCGACGUGCUCCCGGAGUACAAGCUGCAGGCGCCGCGCAUCCACAAAUGGACCAUCCUGCACUACAGCCCCUUCAAGGCGGUGUGGGACUGGCUCAUCCUGCUGCUGGUCAUCUACACGGCCGUCUUCACGCCCUACUCGGCCGCCUUCCUGCUCAACGAGAAGGAGGAGCCCACGCGGCAUGAGUGCGGCUACUCCUGCAGCCCGCUCACCGUGGUGGACCUGCUGGUGGACAUCAUGUUCCUCAUCGACAUCCUCAUCAACUUCCGCACCACCUACGUCAACUCCAACGAGGAGGUGGUGAGCCACCCGGCCCGCAUCGCCAUCCACUACUUCAAGGGCUGGUUCCUCAUCGACAUGGUGGCCGCCAUCCCCUUCGACCUGCUCAUCUUCGGCUCCGGCUCCGGCUCCGAGGAGACCACGACGCUGAUUGGGCUGCUGAAGACGGCCCGGCUGCUGCGCUUGGUGCGCGUGGCCCGUAAGCUGGACCGCUACUCGGAGUACGGGGCGGCCGUGCUCUUCCUGCUCAUGUGCACCUUCGCCCUCAUCGCCCACUGGCUGGCCUGCAUCUGGUACGCCAUCGGCAACAUGGAGCGGCAGAGCAUCGGCUGGCUGCACUCGCUGGGCGACCAGAUCCGCAAGCCCCUGAACGAGAGCGCCCCGCUGCAGGGGCCCAGCAUCAAGGACAAGUACGUCACGGCGCUCUACUUCACCUUCAGCAGCCUGACCAGCGUGGGCUUCGGCAACGUGUCCCCCAACACCAACUCCGAGAAGAUCUUCUCCAUCUGCGUCAUGCUCAUCGGCUCCCUGAUGUACGCCAGCAUCUUCGGCAACGUCUCGGCCAUCAUCCAGCGCCUCUACUCGGGCACUGCACGCUACCACACCCAGAUGCUACGCGUCCGCGAGUUCAUCCGCUUCCACCAGAUCCCCAACCCGCUGCGCCAGCGGCUGGAGGAGUAUUUCCAGCAUGCCUGGUCCUACACCAACGGCAUCGACAUGAAUGCGGUGCUGAAGGGCUUCCCCGAGUGCCUGCAGGCCGACAUCUGCCUGCACCUCAACCGCAGCCUCCUGCAGAGCUGCCGGCCCUUCCAGGGGGCCAGCAAGGGCUGCCUGCGUGCCCUGGCCAUGAAGUUCAAGACCACGCACGCCCCACCCGGCGACACGCUGGUGCACGCUGGCGACGUGCUCACCGCGCUCUACUUCGUCUCCCGCGGCUCCAUCGAGAUCCUGCGCUGUGACAUGGUGGUAGCCAUCCUCGGGAAGAACGACAUCUUUGGGGAGCCGCUGAACCUGUAUGCGCGGCCAGGCAAGUCCAAUGCGGACGUGCGGGCUCUGACCUACUGCGACCUGCACAAGAUACAGCGGGAGGAGUUGCUGGAGGUGCUGGACAUGUACCCCGAGUUCUCAGACCGCUUCUGGGCCAGCCUUGAAAUUACCUUCAACUUGCGCGACACCAACAUGAUCCCCUCCCCUGGAAGCACCGAGCUGGAUGGCAGCUUCAACCGGCUGCGGCGCCGCAAACUCUCCUUCCGCCGGCGCACGGACAAGGACCCGGAGAACGCCGGGGAGCUGAGGAGCAGCCAGAAGCCGCUGCGGAUGGGUCGGAACCACCAGGCGCCGGGGGUCCAGGAGGACCAACCCGAGUGCGAGCCCUCCAGCUCGCCCUCCAGCGACGAGGAUGAGCGCCCCACACCCAUUGCCAGCGCCGGCCAGCUCUCACCCUUCUGUGCCAAUGGGGAGCUGCUCAGCCAGGGCGAUGGGCAGCCCAAGGGCAGCGAGACAUGCAGCCCCCUCUCAGGGGCCUUCUCGGGGGUGUCCAGCAUCUUCAGCUUCUGGGGCGAGAGCCGGGGGCGGCAGUACCAGGAGCUGCCCCACUGCACCGUCCCAGCCCCCGCCAGCCUCAGCAUGGCCCUGCCCCCCGGGGACCGGCCCCGCUCCGAGGUGGAGAGCCGGCUGGACCAGCUGCAAGAGCAGCUCAACAGCGGGUCGUGCCCGGAGCGUCUCUGGCUGGCUGGGGGGUGCCUCCGCUCAGCCCCUCAUCUCCCGGCAGCUGAGACCCGCAUGGCCGCGGAUGGCACCAUCAUGCAGCUGCUGCAGCGGCAGGUUGGGCUGGUGCGCCGGCCUAUGCACCGUGUGUCGCCGCCCCCGGGCCGGAGCGCUCCCCACCCCCCAGCCAGCCCUGCCCCCAGCCCCUGCCGGCCCAGCCGUGGGCUCCCCGCCCAGCUCUGCCGCGCCCCUCACUCCCGACCCGCAGCCCCUGCCGGCCCAGCCGUUCCCAGUUACCCGGUGCCGUUCCAGUUCCCGCAGCCGCCCAGCCCAGAGCUGCCCUGCGAGCCGCCCCGCCGGCGCUGCUCCCUCCCCGGACAGCUGGCCCCACCACCGGACUCACAGACCCUGCAGAGACACUGCUCCGACCCGGGGAGUUAAUCGGCAGGACGGGGCCGGGGCCCGGAGCCCUGUGCAGGGGGCCAGGGCUUCAGGGCUGCCGCCCUCCCCCCCCCCAAGGACAAGUGCUGCCUGGGUGAGGGCCUGGCCGCAUGGUAGCCAAGCAGGAGCCACGGCCGAGCCCACGCGGCCAGGAUGUUAGCUGGCCUAACGGAUCCAACGGGGCCUGCCCGCCCUGCGUGGCCCUGCUGUGCCCAGAGACCGGCACAAGGAAACAGAGACUGGCCGGGGAAGGACCCGCAGCCCAGGACCCUGGAACGUAUCACAGGGCCGGGCCGACACAGCGCGGCUCCCUGCAGCCAGGGCUGGCCCCCAUGGGUCUGGGCGGGCGGCGAAAGGGCUGAGCACGCUGGGGGCCCAGGUCUUAUCUGCCUGCUGCUGGGUGCGUGUACCCUGAUCUGAGCACCCGUGUGCGCCGCUGGCAGGGAGAGAGAGAGCACUGUGUGUGUGUGUGCGUGCGGUGCUGUGUGCGUGUGUGUGUGCGGCCCUGUUCUCUGGGCGGGGGAGCCCUGUUCCAUGUG